AUGGCGAAAGCAAACAUAAAACCUGAAAAGGUACACCAAAGCUCAUUUAGGAAACCCAUCUGUAACAAAACAGAAGUUCUAACUUUCGUUCAUGUGAAAUCGCCAGAUUCGACUGACAAUGAGCUGUAUUCGACAGCUGUGGAAGAACUUGGAUCGUCCAGUAAAAAACUGACUACAAAGGAUGAGCAAACGAAUAAAGCACCACUACCUCCACCUGGUGUUGAACACUUUCAUGCAGAAAAUAUGGGUGACUCAGUUCAUGUUCCAGAAUAUGCUACGGAUAUAUUCAGUUACCUCAAAGAAAGAGAAGCAAAGUUUGUAAUUGGUAACUACAUGGAGAGGCCAACCAGUAUAAACACUAAGCUUGUCGACUGGAUGGUGGAAAUACAAGAGAAUUUUGAGCUCAACCAUCAAACAUUAUACUUUGCUGUUAACCUUACAGAUUUAUAUCUGUCAAAGGUUACUGUAUCCAACGAAACUUUACAAUUAGUUGGUGCAACUGCCAUCUUUAUUGCCAGCAAAUACGAUGAAUGA